AUGUUUGAGUGGGCAUAUAGCGGGGCGAAUAAAGCUGUGCCAAGAAAUGUGGGCCCUGAGUGCGCAUAUUUUCUAUCAACGCAAAGACAAAUAAUUGAAACCGUUUUAGUGACUGGUGUUUGUAUUUAUAUCAUCAUAAAAACAUACCCAAAGCUACACAUUCCAAAUGAAGAAACAUAUAUUAAAAGUGACAGAGGUGGUAAAAGGUUGCUUGUGAUUCUCUUGGCCUUACUAUGGGGAAUGGAAAUAGGCUUUAAGUUUGCAUCUCGGACUGUUAUAUACUUACUGAAUCCAUGCCAUGUAACAACAUUAAUUCAAAUAUAUCUUUUGGCAGCACCACCAAGCAAAACAGUGACCACUCUUUUUAGAAUUCAUCUAAAUUUGUUGAAUGGACCACUUUUAGCAUUUCUAUUUCCAGAAACGGCAUCAAGAACUAUACCAGCAGAGGCGGCACUGUACUGGAUACAACAUGGCAUGAUGUUUGUGAUUCCAUAUUAUUUGCUGAGAAUUGGUGGUGUUUAUAAUAUAGAGCCCUUUUGGGAUUUCAGUUGGGCUAUAUUCAGUUACUGUCUCAAUCUAUUGUACCACUUCAUUGUUUUACAAGUUAUUGCUAUACCAGCACAAGUGAAUUUAAAUCAUAUGCUCUGUCCAGCCAUUUUAGAUCCUUUUGAUGGGCCCUGGUAUCGCAUUGCAGCAGUUUUACACCAAGCUUUGCUGUGUCCUAUCUUAUGCAAAUUUUUCUGCUUAGUAACAGAAUUCUGCCUUACAAAGUUUCCUCCUACAAAAGUGAAACCAAAGAUGAAGGAUAAUUUGUUGGAUAAUAUUUUAGAACAAAAAGACCAUGUUGAUUAG